AUGGCGAACUCUACGCUUUGUAUUCUUGGCUGCGGCAACUUGGGAGGAGCCAUCCUGAAGAGCUUAAUCGAUGGCCCCAAUGAUAAAGAGGGUAGCGCGCCAUUCAACCGCUUUAUUGCAUGUGUUCGGAGUCAAGAGUCCGAGCAGCGUUUGGCCGCGCAAUUCCCCAACCGCUCACAAAGCUUGGUGAUUACGCGAGACAACAUCCAGGCUGUCCAAGACUCAGACGUGGUAGUUUUGGGCGUGGACCCCGCUGUGGUCGAGAAAGUGCUGUCAACUCCCGGUCUCAGUGAGGCUUUAUCGACCAAGCUCCUCAUCAGCGUCGCUGCUGGCUGGACCCGGCAGAAGCUUGAGACCACCCUGUAUGGCAGUCCGACAACAAACAGCAAUGCCAGCGGUCGAGCAUGGGUUGUACGCACACUGCCUAAUAUUGCCGCAUCGGUCUCGCAAGGCCUCACAGCCAUCGAGAUCUCAGAGCCAGAGGUCCCCGAGCACUACCAGCAGAUCACAGAUGCGGUCUUCGACAAUUUGGGGAAGACAGUGCACAUCCCCCCAACCUUGAUGGAUGCCACGACGGCGGUGGCCGGAUCGACUCCCGCAUUCUUUGCCGUGAUCGUCGACGCUAUGAUUGAUGCGGCCGUGGCAGUUGGCGUGCCGAGAGACCUGGCACGGACCAUGACUGUUCAGGCUAUGACCGGAACAGCAGCCCUUCUGCAAAGUGGCAUGCAUCCGGCAGUCUUGAGGGAUCAGGGCACGUCGCCUGAGGGAUGUACCAUUGGAGGUUUGAUGGUUAUGGAGGAAGCUGGGGUGCGCGGCCAUGUUGGGAGAGCCUUACGGGAAGCCGUAACCAUUGCACGCCUUAUGGACGGUACACGUCAUUUGAAUGAUACUAGAGAGUAG